AUGCCCGAGGCCACACCUAUGCGGUCUGCCCGCCUGCGUCAUGCUACUCGGUCGCACGAUGCUCGAGACCACGCCUGCGCGGCCCCCAGGCGUGGAGCCACCUCCCGGAGGAGGCGACGACACCACACGCGACCACCGAGACGGACUCGAAGACCGCCUCGGGGAGAUCCCCCCGUCAUCCGGGCCCGAACCGAGCCGCGUCGGCCCCGAGGCCACGGCUUAAGGUUGUUUACGCUAACACCCUUCCUCCUCGCUCUCCUCCUCACCCUCUCCCAUGCCGCCAGGUUCGAGAUCGUCAACGGGUGCCCUUUCACCGUCUGGGCUGCAGCCAUCCCCGGUGGCGGCCUCCAGCUUGACCAAGGCCAGACCUGGGUCAUCGAUGUCAUCGAUGUGAACAACAACGGGACGUCGUUCACCGGCAGCCGCAUCUGGGCUCGCACCGGCUGCUCCUUCGACGGCAGUGGCCAUGGAAGGUGCCAGACUGGGGACUGCGGCGGCGUCUUGGACUGCAAGGCGUACGGCAGCCCACCCAACACCCUCGCGGAGUUCGCGGUCAACCAGUUCAACAACAUCGACUACUUCGACGUCUCCCUCGUUGACGGCUUCAACGUGCCCAUGGAGUUCAGCCCCAUCACAGGGAACUGCAGCGCGAUCCGGUGCUCAGCGGACAUCAAUGGGCGGUGCCCCGCCGAGCUGUGGACGCCGGGCGGCUGCAACAAUCCAUGCACGGUGUUCAAGACGGACGAGUACUGCUGCAACUCCGGCAGCUGCGGGCCGACCACCUACUCCAAGUUCUUCAAGAGCAACUGCCCCGACGCCUACAGCCACCCGAAGGACGACGCCACCUGGACCUUCACUUGCCCCAGUGGCGGCGGCGGCUACAAGGUCAUCUUCUGCCCCUCCGGUUCGUCGUUGUCGGCCGAUGACUACCCCACGAGGUUCGGCCGUAUCGCUGUGAGAUUUGUGAUCCCAAAGGCUCCAAGGACGUAAGAGGUUUCGCGCCUCGGAUUUGUGUGCUGGAUUUGAGCGCUGCCGUGGGGAAAGGGAAGAUGCAGACUUUUUUGUACACUACCAAAUCGUCCAAGUUUGACUUUGACUUUGACUUUGCGACUCCUUCCUAAUGUCUUUGAUAAAAGUGAAGAAGAGAAAAAAAUGUUU